AUGGACCGACUCUCGCGAAUGCUGGCCGCCGCCCAGGGCAUGGGAGGCGGUGCUGGCAUGCAGCAGGACGGCAACGUCGUCGACAACUCCGAAACCGUCUACAUCUCGUCUCUCGCCCUGCUCAAGAUGCUGCGCCACGGAAGAGCCGGUGUGCCCAUGGAAGUCAUGGGUCUGAUGCUGGGUGAAUUCGUCGACGACUACACUGUCCGCGUCGUCGAUGUCUUUGCCAUGCCCCAGAGCGGUACUGGUGUCUCGGUCGAGGCUGUCGACCCCGUCUUCCAAACAAGAAUGAUGGACAUGCUGCGUCAAACUGGCCGUCCCGAGACUGUCGUUGGCUGGUACCACUCACAUCCUGGUUUCGGCUGUUGGUUGUCAAGCGUCGAUAUCAACACCCAACAAUCCUUCGAACAACUCACUCCUCGCGCCGUCGCCGUCGUCAUCGAUCCCAUCCAGUCCGUCAAGGGCAAGGUCGUCAUCGACGCUUUCCGCCUCAUCAACCCUCAGACUCUCAUGCUCGGCCAGGAGCCGCGCCAAACCACGAGCAACGUCGGUCACCUCAACAAGCCCAGCAUUCAAGCUUUGAUCCACGGUCUCAACCGCCACUACUACAGUAUCGCCGUCGGCUAUCUCAAGGGUCGCGGUGGUGGUUCUGGUAACGGCGCCGAUGCCAAAUCGAAUGGUCAGAUGGGUGGAGAAGAGGCUAUGCUCAUGAACCUACACAAGAGUGUCUGGACGGAAGCUCUGACCAUGCCUGACUUCAAGGCUGAGGGCGACCGGACAUUGGAGAAGCUCAAUAAGCUCGUCAGCUUGGCAGAGGGCUACGAGAAGCGUGUCAAGGAGGAGACCGAGUUGACCAAGGAUCAACUACGCACAAGAUACGUCGGCAAGGUCGAUCCCAAGAAGCGUAUGUCAUCCCACAUCAUCAAUCUAGUUCACCUACUAACACGAUCGCAGACANUUGAGACUCUCGGUCAAGACCUCCUCGAAGACAACAUCGUUUCCGUGUCACGCCAGAUGAUCGACAAGGAGGCCUCCGUACCAUCAGCUUGCCGCAUAGAGGCUGUUGAUGAUGACGCCGAUGGCAUGGCUGUCGACCAGACCGCAUAG